CCCAGCUUUGCACGUCCCGAGCAACCGCGCAUUUUCACACAGCGCGCAUCCCCGCGAGCGAUAAACUCCCGCACGCCCAGCCCCCUUCUGUGGAAUAACUUCGCCCUCUGUCGCCGCCUUUCUGGGUGGUGUGGUUGGCGAAGGGCAGUGAGCUUCCACGCCUCGACGGGCCGCCCUGAGCGCGUUGCACUUCCACUGCAUCGCUUCCGCAUCCAAGACCGCGCCCAUCAUCAACAUGGCUACUACCAACGGCACCUUGACCCCGCCAUCAUUCCCACCCGCGCCCUCGUCCCCGUCUCUCGCAAAGCGAAAGCGCUCCGAGGCAGAGCCCGCAAUCCUUACCAAUGGCACAUCCGUACCAUCCACGAGCGGCCUUGCGAAUGGAGCCACGCUCUCUCUGCAGGCAAAUCUAGACGACAUACUAGCCGUUCUGAAAAGCUACGACACGCAGCCUUCAAUACUGAACCUGCCGCUUUCCUCCACUGUCACUCGAGCCACCUCUGGCGAAUCCGCCUCGAAGCGGACCAAAUUGACCCCCCCAGAUGGCUCGUCAAGCAUUUGCAGUCUGGUCCAAGACGGCUCCUAUCACUCCCUGGGUGCUCUCGAGAAAGAUGUGGAAACUGCAGCAACGGAGAUUCUCUCCUCUAUUGUUCCUGGUGAGAUGUCUGCCGCGCGCCUCUCGUUGGCAGAUACCAAGCUCCAGACAAAUGUUCUGGCCUUUCGGAAGAUGCUAAAAACCUUGGUAACGCGAGAAGAGGCCCGAAAGUCGCAUACGGCAAUGGAGCCUGAGUCAAUAGAACAGACAAAGGAGCAGUGUGUGGAGAGUAUCGACGGGACUGAAUCCGUGCAAAUCAAAGAGGAGGAACCUGAGGGCCGCACGGUCCUCACGCUUUAUGGUAGCGCCCAAGGCCCGAAGCAGCUUUUCUCUAGCUUGCAGCAGCCAGUUUGCAUUCCUCCCUCGGGUGGGCGGCAAUGGUCGGGUCUUGAUACUUCGGUCAGAGUUACUUUGCCUCUACGCGAAUCAAGUCUCCCCAACAUCAUCUCCACAACCCAGGUCUUCCCAGCCCCAGAACAGACCGAGGGUGGAAAAAAGAAUGGCACCACCUUUGGCGAGCUCUUCGCGCCAGCAAACGUCCCCCAACUUAGCCCCCCGAAAGUCACGAAGCCGCUCACCACACGCGGGAAUACCGUCACCUUCGUCCCACAAAGCUCAUUAUCCAAGACCAAACGCAAAGGUUCGCACACGUACACGAACCAAAAUCUCUCUACCGGCCAAUGGUUAGGGUACGGCGGAGUGGAUAUGCCGAAGGAUCCAACGUCACCCACCGCCAAGCAGAAGAGCAGACAACGCGCUCUCAGUACUGGGGAAGCACAGCAACCACCAUCUAUAGCAACCCGCGCGGCUGUUCAACAGGCAAAGGAGGACGCAUUGUUUCGCAGUGCCUACUCCAGCUUCGCCCCAAGCCGAGAUGACUCCACUGCAAUAGUUCCCGAAGAAACCAAGAACAAAAUCUGGUGGGAGCAGUUUGGCGAGCAGCGCUUCAACGAAAUGUACCUCAUUGACCCUGCUUUACUGAACUUGGAUGAGUCCUUAGAACCCGACGUAAACGGGACUGUGGACGAAUCUGAAAGCUUCAAAGAAGCCGUAGAAAGCUUCACCCCAGCAGAAGAUAACCCCUUCUCGGAGAAGAAGCCCGAUCUCGAGAAGAGUACAGAUGAGGUUCUUCAGGAAAUUUCCGAGCUUCUCGAGAUCCUGGCAUCGCACCAACGCAUCCGGAAUUCCUCCUUGGCUACCAAUCCGCGCACUCCGGUGAUCCAAAACUCAUCACUUGCGUCCCUUGCGGGUAGCCCCUCCACUCCUUCAGAAGAAGAGAUUGACAUCUACCAGAUGCUCAAAUCCCAAUUGACCUUGAUGAUUGCUCAGCUCCCUCCGUACGCUGUUGCCAAGCUGAACGGCGAUCAACUCGACGACCUCAACAUCAGCCGAACUAUCAUUAUCGAGACCAAGGAGCAUAAGGGUGUAUUGGAAGAGGAUCAAGCAUCAAGAAUGGCUAAAGCUGCCGCGCUCAGUGCUGCGGCGGGUCCACCGUCCUUGUCACGAAUGGCAUCCGCUGGCACGAGCACGUCCCACUACCCCCAGUCCAGCACCCAGUAUACUCGGCCCACGUCAUCGGUCCAUUCAUCAGCGGCCCGGCCAGUUCAGACGUCUCAAACCUACUAUUCCCAGCAACAAUCAGUCCACAGAUCGCCCUCAGUGCACUAUCAACGCUCAUCGACGGGCCCUACCCAGUCUUUUCAGACUCCUGGCGGAUAUGCCAGCAGCACCCCACGACAAAGCUACCCUGUAACGCAAGGUUAUAGCCAGCAAGCACCACGAGCAUCUUUUGGCCAGACCCAACCUGGACAAUACUAUCCACAAAGGCCUGCUCAAUCAAGCGCUUAUGGUGGUGUUACCAAUUCUCAGUACUAUCAGUCCACUCCUCAAGCUCAAUCUCAGAAUCGCUAUCCGGCGCAACAAACUCAAAAUGGCUUCUACCAAAGGCCACAGAACGUUGCACCAAUGCAAAGUUACAACGCGGCUCCCAGCCCUCAUGCGCGCACCGCAUCUCCUUUGAAGGCUAACCAGUCGUUUCCUCAGACCACUUUCAGUGGUGCAUCACGUCCUUCCUACGGAACACCAGUCUCAGGCUCGCAAAUGCGCGCUAGCUAUUACCAGCAACCAGGUACCCAAUACUCAACCCCGCAGCCUCCCACCCCAUCUACACCUGGCCCAACCGGAUAUAAUGCAAUGAGUUCAAAUCACCAACAAAUGAUGUUGGAUCGACAGCAAGCACAGUUGGCUGCCCAGCCUCAGGCACGUAUGGCAGCACAGAAUAGCUUCAACCGGCAGGGUUCGGGUACGCCUCAACCCCCGAACUCACAAUAUGGCAACGGCGCUCCUCCUAUGGUGGCUUAAUGAAGGACAGUGCUUUACAGUAAUUUCUUAUGGGCCGGAAUACUCGAUACCAAUGACGGCGUGCACGGCGUUGGAUAAGGGAAUAGAUUCACGGGACAGCGCGGCCUCUGGGACGCGGGCGAUUGGGCCCACUCUGUUGUAUUGUGUCUGUUCACACAGAAGCUGGACAGCAUUUUCUUUUCCCAAAUAGUUUUUUUUUUUUUUGGUAACGGGACCAGUUAUGUUGCUGUGUUCCGUUCUAUCCAGGUUAGAAAUUCGUGUUCCUGGGGGAGGCGG